AUGGAUUAUCUCAUGAUGGAGGAAGAGUUCAUUCAGGAGCAACAGCGCUUGAAGCCCAAGGAGGAGAAGGAGAACGACGAGAAGUCCAAGCUGGAUGAUAUCCGCGGGACUCCAAUGGAUGUUGGCUCGCUGGAAGAGUUCAUCGAUGAGAACCACUGCAUCGUGUCAACGGCGAUGGGCCCCGAGUACUACGUGAACAUUCUGUCCUUCGUAGACAAGGAUCAGCUGGAACCCGGCUCUUCAAUCCUCAUGCAUCACAAGAAUCUGAGCGUGAUUGGCUUGUUGGUGGAUGAAGUGAACCCGCUCGUCAGCGUCAUGAAGGUGGACAAGGCACCCACAGAGUCGUAUGGCGACAUCGGUGGCUUGGAGGAGCAGAUCCAGGAGAUGAAAGAGGCAGUCGAGCUGCCUCUGACCCAUCCCGAGCUUUACGAGGAUGUUGGCAUCAAACCUCCAAAAGGCGUCAUCCUGUAUGGGGUGCCCGGAACUGGAAAGACGCUUUUGGCCAAGGCCGUCGCCAGCGAGACGUCGGCAACUUUCCUGCGAGUGGUCGGUAGCGAGCUGAUUCAGAAGUACCUUGGCGAGGGGCCGAAGCUGGUAGUGUUGGAGCAUGCUCCAUCAAUCAUUUUUAUCGAUGAGAUCGAUGCUGUUGCGACCAAGCGGUAUGAUACCACGAGUGGUGGCGAGAAGGAGAUUCAACGUACAAUGUCCCCUGGCUGCAGUGGAAACGCAUCACAUGAGCGGCGGCCGACGGGUAAGUAA